AUGGCGGACCACCAAAACUCCGACGAACCACCACCGAAACCUUCUAGAAAAACACCCCCACCAUCCUGCCUUCCCUCUCCGCCGCCGCCGCCACGCCGACAAGUGUCCUUAAUCCAACCCUCCCAGAAAAAACGACACCACGGCAAAACGACAAAGGUCCUCCGAGUAUUCCGCUCCGUCUUCCGGUCGCUCCCCAUCAUCGCCCCCACCGCCUGCCGCAUGCCGGCAAUCCCCGCCGCCAUGGGGAGCCUCCCGGAGUACGGCACCGUCGUGCACCGGUCCUCGAACGGGCAGCGCGUGACGGGGACCCUGUUCGGGUACCGGAAGGGGCGCGUGAGCUUUUCCGUGCAGGAGACGCCCCGGUGCCUGCCUUCCCUGGUGGUGGAGCUGGCCAUGCAGACGAACGUUUUGCAGAGAGAGAUGUCGUCUGGGAUGGUGAGGAUCGCUUUGGAGUGUGAGAAACGACAGGAAAAGGACAAAACGCGGCUGAUGGAGGAGCCGGUUUGGACGAUGUAUUGCGAUGGGAAGAAGAGUGGGUAUGGGGUGAAGAGAGAGGCCAAUGAGGAGGACUUGAAUGUGAUGGAAAUUUUGAAGGCUGUUUCAAUGGGGGCUGGGGUUUUGCCGGGGAAUUCUGACGUGGAAGGUCCUGAUGGAGAGAUGGCUUACAUGAGGGCCCACUUUGAUAGGGUUGUGGGGUCCAGGGAUUCUGAGACUUUGUACAUGUUGAGCCCUGAUGGGCAUUCCGGGCCUGAGUUGACUAUAUUCUUUGUUAGGAUUUGA